GUGAUGUUGGUCCGCCCGGUUCACGGUGCUGCUGGUGUCCUGUGAACGUAAGGACGAUUACGCGAAGUGUUGUGUGCUGGACUCGUGGACUACAUUUACCUUCUGACGCCCUCACGUCUAUCUCGCGUUUAAAAAGGUAGUACGUAGGCAGUGAACAAAAGCAAUCUAGUAUUCAGUGGAUCAUGCGUCAGAUUAUGAAGCAAACAUUCGGCAAGUUGUUUGAAACCAAGUGAAACGAAGAAAGUGCACACAAGACAGGCAUAUACUCUGCCGUGAACUUCUCAUCCAAUUAACUAUUGAAAUUGUUGUUUAGGAACGAUUAGCGUGCAUUUGCCGAGUCCCGAUUACACGUUCGAACCUUCCGCCAACCCGUUAGUACCGCUCGAGCAGGGCAGGGGCACGCCCUUACUUACGAGCAGUAGCCACAACAGAACCAUCCCGUCGUCGUCGUCGUCGUCGUCGCCGUCAGCAGCAUGAGCAGCCCGGGGGGAAGUCCCUCCAAGAAGGGAACCAGUGUGGAUAUGCAAAUAUUUGCCACCAAUGGGAACACGAUCGUAGACGAGGGUUACGACCCCCAUCUGCACCGCAAUCGGCCUCAUCCGACGACGAAUUUUGAGACGCUGGUGCAUCUGCUCAAGGGUUCACUCGGUACUGGUAUACUGGCGAUGCCGCAGGCAUUCUACAAUGCUGGCUACAUAUCGGGUGUCGUCAAUACGCUGCUCAUCGGUAUCCUUUGCACGUACUGUUUGCACGUGCUGGUCCAGGCACAGUAUGCCCUGUGCAAGCGGCACCACGUACCCAUCCUCACCUAUCCGAUCUCGAUGAAGAUUGCCCUGCAGGAGGGCCCAGAGUGUUUACGACGAUUCGCUCCUUAUGCGGUUGUGGUUGUUGAUGGUUUCAUGAUUGUCUACCAGCUCGGUAUCUGUUGCGUUUACAUCGUCUUCGUGGCCACCAACAUUAAGCAGCUGGUCGAUUACUACUGGUUGGAACUGGAUGUAAAGAUUCACUGCCUGAUACUGCUGGUGCCGCUGAUUGGCAUUAACAUGAUCCGCAAUCUCAAGGUCUUGGCACCUUUCUCUACUUUGGCGAAUCUCAUCACAUUCGUUGGUAUUGGAUUGAUUUUGGCCUACAUCCUGGACGACGUCCCACCGAUCUCGGAGCGACAGGCAUUCGCUGAGGUCGGCAAGUUUCCGCUCUUCUUCGGUACUACCUUAUUUGCACUGGAAGCAGUUGGAGUGAUUAUAGCACUGGAGAACAAUAUGGCGACGCCAAAGUCCUUUGGUGGUGCGUUCGGUGUGCUGAACGUUGGCAUGACCGUCAUCACGCUGCUGUACGCUGGUAUGGGCUUCCUCGGAUACCUGAAGUAUGGUGCCGAAGCGUCUGGCAGCAUUACCUUGAAUCUGCCACAGGAAGAGAUCAUGUCCCAGUCAAUCCGAGUUCUGUUUGCUGUGGCUAUCUUCAUCUCUUACGGUCUGCAGUGCUACGUUCCCGUGGACAUUAUCUGGAACGUGUACCUGGUCGAGAAGUACCGUGAUUCGAACAAUAAGCUAGUGUACGAGAUGCUGGUCCGGAUUGUAGUCGUCAUUACGACGUUCCUGCUGGCUGUUGCGAUUCCGCGGCUCGGACUGUUCAUUUCCUUGUUCGGUGCCCUCUGCUUGUCCGCACUCGGUAUCGCGUUCCCGGCGAUCAUGGAAAUCUGUGUCUUCUGGCCUGACAAACUGAGCAAGGCCACGCUGGUGAAGGACAUUGUUCUGAUUCUGUUCGGUAUCGUUGGCCUAGUGGCUGGCACCUACACGAGCGUACGUGAUAUCAUCCUGAGUUUCAUGUAAAAGGCCUGACACCCCCUAAAAGGCCCACCGGUAGUUAGCCAAGCGCUGGCUGCAGUGUAGUACAGGAACGCACUAUUCGCAACACUAUUUACGUGUAUAAGGAAAACACGCCACCGCCGCCAUGCCGCCUGCGCGCUCCCGCUUCCUAUUGGAGGGAGAGACAUGCGGGUGCAGCACUCUCCGGGGGACCUAGGAUGUGGUUCAUAACUGACCCUUCUUUCCCUCCCUAAAAACUGGCCCAAGCUGUGGCACAAAUCCGCGCUAGUUUAGAGGAAGGUUUGUGACAUAUCAUUUGUGUAGUUGCAUAAACAAAUAUAUAAAUAUGAACUAUACGUAAGGGCUUCGAGCCAGGUUCGGAAUUGCUCGGUAGAUUAUAAUUGCGCUACUUUCGGUGUCUAGCACGUGUCUGGCGGCACUAACGUCAGCACAAGGUCUAGCUCGCAUCGCCACUUAAUGGCGUGCAAUCAUAGAAUCUUACGUUACCGAGUUUCUGGCGAUGAUCGCAGGAUUUGAUUUUGGGAAUAGAUAACCGCAACACGCAACCUCAUAACACGGUCAUCGAAAGCAACUUUCGGCCACCGUGGAACAGAUAGAUUUCUCAUAGAAUUCAGCUCACACGUUGUUACGCACUGGGUAGAGGCGACAGACAAAACGAGAACGGAUAGGUUAGCUACUUUAUACAAUCACAUCACCGCACGCACGACCAUGACCACGAUGGGGACAAAAAAAAAACAAGGCAUAUUCUAAACGCUUUACAAUGCCAACCACAACGACGACGCCCAAGAGAAGCCAAUAAAGUAUACUUAGACUUACUA